UCUCUCUCUCUCUCAAGACUUCUGUCUUCUAUGUAAACACCAUGAACAAACCAUGACAACACUCUCUUUCUAUAUAAAAACACGCAAUCGGGUCAUUUGCUCCAAUUAUUUAUCCCAAAAGCGAAAAAAAUUGAUAGUCUGAUCUGAUAGGAGGGAGCAGAGCGAAUCGGAGUCGGAGUGCGAAAUUCCGACCAAGUUGAAGAAAUACGGUUGAGAUAUAGUAGCCAAGAUCAUUCUCGAUUGCGAAUCGGAAAAAAUGGGAGCGGUGAGGUUUCAGAGAGUGGCGGCGGCGUUUGACGAGGUGUCUCGGUUGAGGCUGUGCGAGAGCAGCGGGAGCGAGUACUCCGCGGCCGGGGAGAGUUUUGCGGAUUUGUCGGAUCUUGUCAAGUCCUUCAUCGAGAGAGGGGAUUUGGGAGAAGGCGGCGGCGACCGAGACGGCGUACGGAACGAUGAAGAAUCAGAGGGCGGUGAUUGGUCGGAUUCGGAGACGAAGAAUUCUCUCGAGAGAUUGUGUGAGGUGAAAGGUGAUGAUUUGAAGAAGACGAUUGCUGAUGAGGUGGAAGUUGCUUUGGCGGGCAUUGGGGACGACAAGUCGUCCCGGGGGUUCAAAAGGAGGUUGAUGACUCACUUGCGCCACAAGGGUUUUGAUGCUGGCCUUUGCAAAUCAAAGUGGGUGAAAUCGAGCCGGUUUCCAGCAGGGGACUACGAGUUUGUCGAUGUCAACCUCGAGGGAACUCGUUACGUAGUGGAACCAUUCCUUGUUGGACAUUUCGAAAUUGCUCGUCCCACGACACGUUACACAUCGCUCCUCGAAGUUUUUCCAAACACAUUCGUCGGAGAAGUCGAUGAGCUGAAGAAAAUCGUGAGGCUAAUGUGCACGGCAAUAAAAAAAUCUAUGAAGAGCGUGGACAUGCCAAUGCCGCCAUGGCGGCGGAACGGAUACAUGCAGGCCAAAUGGUUUGGAUCCUACAAGCGCACAACCAAUGCAGUAGCACCAUUAGCCGCCGCCAAUACGGCAUUGGAAUCGAACCAUGGAUUUGGAAGUGUCAAGAAAUCAAUGAGGCUUGAGGCAUUGCCUACGAAGUCUUACUAUUGCAGAGAUGAUUUUGCUAGUAAGGAUGGCUUGAGAGUUGGGCGUUUGACUGCUGCGUUUCAAGAGGGAUAGCUGGUCGUUUUGUCUUGAUUCAUUUUGGUCGUAUUAAUUUUGUUUUUGUUUGUUUUUUUUUUUUUUUAACGGGCCCAAUGGCCUUGUUGCAACCGUAAAAUACCCAUCUCGGUUUUGGUUAGAGAAAAUUUAUGUAUUAAAAUAGAUUGCAAGAUAAAUUCGAUCCCAUGUUCAUAAUAUAUCAAAAAUUUCAAUUCCAAAAUGUAAUUUGCAGUUCAAUUGUAAGUUAAAAAUAAAUCAUUUAAAAUAGUG